CCCGAACACCAGCCCACACAAGAAGCUUCCGAGCCUCGGAUUGUCUCGACGCCGACGACACCGCGGCGGCCCGCUGAGGAGCCGGCGCAGCCUGAGCCGUCGUCGCCUGUAGGAGUAGCUUCACCACCCCCACCUGUCCCGGCGAAGCUCGAGUCUGAAGCUGAGGUCGAGCAUGUGGCUGUCACUGAACCUCCCGCUGAGCCCGUCGUCGAGCCUGUGGCCAUCGCUGACCCCGUCGUCGAGUCUCCGAUUGAGCUGCCACCGGCUGUGGUCGCCGCUCCCAUGGCGCCUGCGGAGGCGGCGGCUGAGGACUCGGAGGGGCUUGACGUUGAGCCACCUGUCGAGGUCGUGGCUGAAGAGCCUCUUGUCGUCGUUGCGGCUGCUGAGGUUCCGGCUGGCGCUGCGACUGAAGAACCUGCUGUUGUCGCCGCCAAGAUCGCGGUUGGCGCUGCGACCGACGAGGCUCUGGUCGACCUUACGUCUGAGGUCCUACCUGAGACCACGAGCGGAGAACCUGUGGCCGAAGCUCCUGCCGUGGCCGUACCCGAAGCUGAGGCUCUGGCUGAAGCUGCGGCCGAGGCCACCAAGAUCGACGAGGCUGAAGCGGCUGUUGAGGUCUCAACUGAGACCCCCGCCGAUGCUGCUGCUGAAGCCAUGAACGGUGUCUCGACUGAGGCUCCCGCUGGGGAUGCUGCUUCUGAGGCCACAGAGGAGCCUGCGGCCGACGCUGCCGUUGCUCCUACUGAAGGAGACGUGGCCGACGCUGCCGUCGCCUCAACUGAAGCAGCUGCGGAAGCCGCGCCUGACGCGUCCGCCGACGCCGUCACUGAAGCCGCUACCGACGCACCUACGGAAGCCGCGGCCGACGCGCUCGCUCAGACCUCCCAUGAAGGUAACGGCUGGGGCCUCGACGAGGAGCCGGCGCCUGAGGCUUCUGUUGAGGCUGCGACCGGAGCGCCUGUUGAGCCUACCGCGGAGGCCUUGCUCGACGCUACCGUCGAGGGUCCUGCUGAUGCCGAGACACAGGCGCCAGCUGAGAACGCGCCCGAGGUUCCUGCGGAAUCCGUGGCGGAGGUGCCGAGGGAGGAGGUUGCAGUUGCCGAAGCCGCGCCUGAAGAGCCCGUUGAGCUCUCUUCCGAGGCCAAGCCUGAGGACGCAGCGGAGGUUAAGGAGGACGUUGAGGCUGAGGCUCCCGAUACGGCCGAGGCUGACGCUAAGGCUGAGGGUCUCGCUGAGGCUACGAACGAGGUUGAGGAGGGUGUUCCGGCGGUGUCUUCGACUGAGCCCGGUGUGAAUGGCGCGACCGAGGUUCCCGCUGAGGCUUCCGCGGACGCUGUCUCAGAGGUCAAGACCGAGGACAAGGCUACUCCGGCUGAGGUCGUAGCUGAGAACAAGGCUGCGUCAGUUGAGGUCGUGGCCGAGCCUGAGGUCAAGGCUAAGGAGGAGAAGACCGAGAGCGACAACAAGAUGGAGGGCAUCGACAUUAUGGCGCAGGAUGCCGCCCAGGCUCCAGGAACUGAUGGCGACAAAAAUACCGACGGCGCUGGCGCCGACAAGCCAGAGGUGGACGACGCGGCGGCAGCGGCGACGAAAUCUGAGGAGCUCGAGAAGACGGCGACGGAAACUUCUACUAAACCACUACUUGACGUUGACACUACCGUAGAGCAAACACAGACGGAGGCGAAGAAUGACGAUGAACCUCUUGAUCCUGACAGCGCGGUGGUGAAGACGGAGCCGGGGACGCCGGUGGAAGGCGAUGAGAAGAAGAAGAAGAAGAAGAAGAAGACGAAGGAGGUGAACCCGCUCGAGGCGAUCAAGCAGCAGGACGUGUUGGACUCGAGUGCACCCGCGAGCCCGACGCAGUCCGAGGGCGGGGAGAGUGCGCAGGCUAGUGCUGAGGGGAAGAAGAAGAAAAAGUCGGGGAAGGGGAAGAAGAAAAAGGAGGCUGCAGACUCGUAGUAGAACCGUCGUUACUUUUCGCUGCCUGAUUUUGAUUUUCGACAUGUAUGUGCGAAUACA